AUUAAUUCUUCCUCAAACUCUUCAAUGCAGAAUCGAGUGCGCAGAAUAUGGCCUCAAAACCAGUCGCCGGCCUCUUAAUCAAUCCAAUCCUCCGCCGUUCGAAAAUAAUACCUCCUUCCAUUCUCCACCCCUAUCCUCUUCUUCCUCGAACUCUACAGCCAGCCGCCCGUCGGUUUGCCCACACCAUCCCCAAACCUCCCGGCCAUCCAAAAACUCCAUCUGAGCAACAACGAGCGCGGAGGCUCGCCGAGUAUCAUUAUCAAUUAACAUUUACCUGCGUACCCUGCAACUCACGCUCCACGCACGAGGUGUCGAAGACGGGGUAUCAUUAUGGCUCUGUGCUCAUCACCUGCCCGGAAUGCCGAAAUCGUCAUAUCAUCAGCGACCACCUGAAUAUCUUCGGCGACCGCGACAUCACCGUCGAAGAUCUCAUGCGAGAGAAAGGACAGCUAGUAAGACGAGGUCACCUUGGCGAGACUGGAGAUGUUGAAUUCUGGGAGGAUAAGGACUUCGAUGCCGAGGACACUCGGCCUGAGUCGGCCGAAGCACAAGACCACUUAGACAAGGACGUUUCAGAGGAAGAGGAAGCGGCAAGGUCACGGGAAACACGGGAUCCGUCAUCACAAGCAACAGAACCAAAACCCACAGCCUCGGCACCGUUAGGAGAUGGCGGCGCUCGCCCAUCAAUAGGCAACUCUCAACACACAAACCCAGCGCCAUCAACAAGGCGUCAACUUUCGACGGCUAGUGCUCACGACUCCUUUGGAGCUUCGUUGGCAGAUGACAACAUCUAUCAACUGUCAAAUUCGUUCAUGACCGGUCCCAGGACCCGUCACUUACAAAAAUUGCUUCGCAAGGCCAUAGCCGAACGCCGCAGUGUUCUGUCUCAGGUCCCGAAGGAAGAGAUGUUACAAAAGACCAACGUACCUCGGGAGAGACAGUAGAGCAGACCCAGGGCGAGAUUUCCUUCGAUGAUCGUCCCUCCUCCAAGACCGUUCCAUGGAGGCGAAAACUGCCGAUCUCGAAGGAAUUCACCGGCGUUCGCUAUCAUAUAAGCGCGCAGGAGUACCCCAGGGCCCGCAACUAUGCGAGGCCGCUCGUCCGCCGUAUAUUUGUCCAAGACCGAUACGAGGGCGUCCGUUUUUACAACUUCCCUACCGUAGAUGGCCGGCCGCAGUAUAUCCGGACAGGGCCCGGUCCUCUGUACCAACGGAGACGACCGACGCCUUGGACGGGACAGAUAGAAGAACAAGACGCACAUCAGGAGAAAGACGCAGACUGGCUCGAAUUGGAUAUACCGUUCCAGUGGAAACUGCCACCAGAUGUAGCCGACAUAUCCGAUCGCACGGUAUAUCCGACGACCGCGCGAAGCUGGCCCAAACCACGGACUCCUUCGUACUCAUCGGUAUAUCGGAAAGGCGAGCAGAAAACCUACUUUUAUGAGGCUAUGGCCGUACGGAGUGCGCUGGAGCGCUCAAAAACCGAGCCAAUGCCUGUACCAAUAGCAUCUCCCAGCAGAAAAGGGGCUCAAAGCCCCAACUUUAGUUAAUACGCACAUAUAUAGGUACUCGGACAACGCCUGUCUGUUAUAUAGUGUAAGGCUAUAAUACCCAAUUCAAAGCAGUUAAAUAUG